AUGGGUCGUCGAAUCGUCUCCGGCGGCUGUCACCCGGCGGAGCGGAAAAACGGCGACUUUGUAGCUCUCCGGCGGCUAUCACCUGACGGAGAGGAGCUGGAUGGAGGUGGGGCGUGUGUUAGGGAGCUUCAUCCUCAGGUCCGCGCAGCAAGAGGAGGCUCUUCAUCGCAUCUAAUAUGCUCUCAAGAGGUGACGACUCGUCUCCCGACGGAUCGUCCUCUUCCCGACGACGGCUUGUUCGUCGAUCAAUCGGAGAUGAUUUACUCGAUGGAUUCACGAUCCUUUUAUCGCGAAUCGUUCAAUAAUUUUAUUAGCAAUGCUCCGCGAAUCACGUUGACGAGAUUUUCGCCGAUGAUCCAGCGAUUCUCGUUGCUUAAUCCUUCAUCGGCGAUCUGCAGAAAAGUCGCAAUAAUCAGAUAAAAAUAUAUGAAUUUUGACUCUAGGAGGAUUCGAACCCGCGCCGGUUGUCCGCCCCUUCUGAGGAAGGUGUGACGCAGGUUUAAUUCCACAUCGGUUGUGCGCCGAUUUUUCGGGCGAAUAUAUAGUAAUGUUAGCUUUCUUAGCAAAGUUCCUUCUCUCGCAUGUACGACCACUCCUUGCCCCACAGUCGACUGGCCACCGGUGACGUGGAAGGGGAGUGGCACACACGUGCCCCUAUCGGUCCAAGCCGCUCGAGCUCCUGCUCAUAGCUACUCCCCGACUAAGCUUCCGACCCGCUUGCGGGCCCGGCUGGCCGGCGGGUCCCCCCAUUUUGCAAUAUUUUUAUUUCUAUUUCUUGUUCUUCAUUUAUCUCAAAAGUAAGAUUGUAAAAAUCAUAUAAAAUCACAUAAUUACCCAAAAAUUCACGUUAAUCAACUGAAAACCACUUUUCACACUUUAACACAAAUAUAAGUCUAUUUAUCAUGAGUUAAGGCUAACACUAUAUUAUUUACUAAUUAUUAACUCAUGAUAAAGAAGACUUAUCACCUACCCCUUCUUGGGCUAAAAUAUUUUUAGGUAAGAUAGAAAACCUUAGCCUUAAGGUCGAAGAUUGCAAUCAAAGGGUGUCAUCUAUAGAAUCUCAAAGAAUUUCAUCUAGUAGCUCACAUCCCACAACACCUACCUUAGAAAAUCAUAGAAAUCAGUCCUUAGAUGAUUCUAGAAAUACUAAUCAAAGGAAUCAAAAUCGAAAAUAUAUUAAUUAAAAGCAUAUAAAGAUUGAUGUCCCUAUGUAUGAAGGCUCCUCUGAACCUAGAGAUUAUCUAAAUUGGGAAGCUCAUCUAGAUAGUUAUUUCGGUUGGUAUGAGAUGACUGAAUCUAGAAAAAUCAGAUUUGCUGAAUUAAAGUUAUCAGGGCCUGCUAAAACCUAUUGGAAUAAUUUAGGUAGACUCCUUGAAAGUAGGUUCCAAGAACCCAUUAGCACUUGAGCAGAGAUGAAAGUAAAACUUAAACAAAAAUACAUCCCUCCCAAUUAUCAAUCCAAGUUAGUGGAUCAUCGGCAAAGACUUCAAAAAGGAAAUAGGACUGCCCUUGAGUAUGCCAUGGAAUUUGAUGAGCUAAUGAUGUUAUGUGGCCUUAGAGAGGAUUCUACUCUCACCCGCUCAAGGUUUAGGACAGAUCUUAGGAAUGAACUUAGACAAGAAAUCACUCUUAGGGAUGUGAAAACUCUAGAAGAAGCAUAUAGGGCAGCCAUUGACUUAGAUUCAUUUUUCAAAUCUAAUUCUAGACCUUUACCACCUCCACUAGGAAAUCCUCGGUUCACCCCUAGAAAUAAUUCUCCUAACUACGUAAAUCCUAGGAUUGAGGAUAAUCAAUCAGCCCUUAGAACCCCACCACCUAAGUCUAAUCCACUGGUGAAUAAUAAAGGAAAAGAAGUAGUUGAAAUAUUUAAACAAAAUCCUAACUGUGGAGUUUGCUUUAAGUGUAAAAAAUUUGGCCAUAUUGCUUCUAGUUGUCUUGGUAGAAGACUCCUCUUAGAAGAAACUGAAAACACCCAAGAGGAAGAAAACAAUGAAAAAAAAUAUGAGGAAGAAAAUUAUAUGAUAGAUCAUGAUAUAGAAGACCAAGAAGAAGUUAGGAAUUUUGUUCAAGUUCUGAGAAAAAUCCUUAUCCAACCUUCUCAUGAGGAUCCACAAAGAACUUCAAUUUUCUUUACAUAUGUCAAAGGUCCACAUUUUAACAAAGUCGUUAUAGAUAACAGUAGUAGUGUAAAUGCCAUUUCUCAAGAUGCCGUUAAAAGGUUGAACCUAGAAGUGCAAAGUCAUCCUACUAUUUAUGUUGUGUCUUGGGUAAAUUCCCCUUCUAUUAACUUUACUAAAAGAUGUCUACUUAAUCUCAAAAUUCUAUCCUAUGAAGAUUAAGUUUGGUUAGAUGUCUUACCUAUGGAUGUAGGAAGUAUACUCUUAGGUAGGCCUUUGAUAAGUCUUCAUUAUCAUAAGUUAAUAAUUAGUAAAUAAUAUAGUUUUAGCCUUAACUCAUGAUAAAUAGACUUAUAUUUAUGUUAAAGUGUGAAAAGUGGUUUUCAAUUAAUUAAUGUGAAUUUUUGGGUAAUUAUGUUAUUUUAUACAAUUUUUAUAGUCUUACUUUUGAGAUAAAUGAAGAAAAAUAAAUAAAAAUAAAAAUAUAAUAAAAUGGGGGGGGGCUGCUAGCCAGCCGGGCCUGCAAGCGGGUCAGAAGCAUAGUCAGGUAGGAGCCGCGAGUAGGGGCUCGAGCGGCUUGAACCCAUGGGGACACAUGUGCGCCACUCUCCUUUCACGUCACCGGUUGCCAGUCGGCUGUGGGGCAAGGAGUGGUCGUACACGUGCAAGAAAGGGACUUGAUCAAAAAUCUAAUAUUACUUUAUAUUCGACAGAAACUUCAGCGCACAACCGAUGUGGGACUAAACCCGUGUCACCUUCCCCAAAAAGGGUGGGCAACUAAGGCGGGUUUGAAUCCUCCUAGAGCCAAAACUCAUAUUUUUUUAUCUGAUUAUCGCGACUUUCCUGCAGAUCGCCGGUGAAGGAUUAAACAACUAGAAUCACUAGAUCAUCGACGCAAAAUCUCGUCAAUGCGAUUCGCGAAGCAUUGUUACUAAAAUUGAUGAACGAUUCACGAUAAAAGGAUCGCGAAUAUAUCAAGUAAAGCAUCUCUGAUUGAUCGACGAACAAGUCGUGGUCAGGAAGAGGACGAUCUGCCGGGAGACAAGUCGUCACCUCCUAAGAGCAUACUGGAUGUGAUGAAGAGCCUCCUCUUGCUACGUGGACCUGAGGAUGAAUGAUGGCGAGCGGGACCCAUCUCCAUCAGCUUAGGAGACACCGGCAGUUUGAGUUCAGCCUGAUCGACAUGCAGAGAUGAAGGAGCUUGGCUUUCGCUACAUGGCUUAGUCCUUUGGGACAACGACAUUCCACCUCCACGACGACGAUGAGCUCGAGCUCACCCUUAUCUUUCUUUGUAUUUUGACGUUGACUUGUUGGGCCUCGCGUUUGUGUGUUAGCGGGCCCAAUUCUAUGUGUGUGUGUUGUUGUUUGUGUCUCCCUUUCUUUAGGGUUUUAUUGGGUCUCUCUUUGAGGCCCAAUUAAAACCCUAAGGGGGUGGGACCUAUGUGUCUUUCCUUUUGGGCCUCUUUUGGGGCUUAUUUGGGUCUUCAACUGAGGCCCACUUAAGCACUGUAAGAGGACCCUCCUCUUUCUCCUUUUAGGGGAGCUUAUUGGGUCUCUCUUUAAGAGGCCCAAUAAGCCCCUUUUGUAGCCUUUUGUGGCUUAUGGGCUUGAGGGCCUCAAGUGGGCCCACCUCCCCUUAGCCCACUUGUGGGCCCCAUAUAAGGGGAGGUAGGACCCCCCCUCAAGGGAGCGCCGCAUUUUGUGAGAAAUUAUCGUCUUGUGAGAUACCCCCUUCGUGACCUAAGAUAGGGAGGGAAGGAGGGAGAGGAAGGUCGUCGAUACCCCCUUCGAGGACUUCGUUCCUCGUGACGCUGCUGCCCGAGAAGUCCCGCCGCCGCCUGAGACCACCGCUGCCGCCGGCCAUCUCAUUGCCGCCCGGGAGGUCGCCGCCGUCACCGGACGAAACGGUCGCGGUUGCCGCUGCAACCGCCGCCGCCUCUGCUGGAACCCCGUCACGCCGUCGUGACGAAAGGGGCUCGCUUCGCCUCCCUACGAGCCGUCGCCGAGCACUCCGCCGGAGUCUCUCGACUCCUGGUUCAACUGCCGCCUCUUCCUCCGGAACUCCACCAUAAACUCGCCGGGGCCGCCCUCCGCCGCUCCGCCCAGUCGCUGGCCGUUCGCCGACGAACGCCAACCUGCCACCGACGUCGGGAGAGACUCUGCUGCCGUGCCGACGAGCCAGAUCCAGUCCCAGCUCCUCACAGGCCCCGCCGGAGUUUCCCGACGAAUCCCCGCCGCCGUCACGCCGUUUUCAGCGCCGCUGACGCUCAGCCUUCCCGCCGAAGCGCCGCCGACGCUCGGCAUUCCCGCCGAAGCGCCGCUGACGCUCGGCAUUCCCGCCGAAGCGCCGCUGACGCUCGGCAUUCCCGCCGAAGCGCCGCUGACGCUCGGCAUUCCUGCCGAAGCGCCGCUGACGCUCGGCCUUCCCGCCGAAGCGCCGUCGACGCUCGGCAUUCCGGCCGAAGCGCCGCUGACGCUCGGCCUUCCCGCCGAAGCGCCGCUGACGCUCGGCAUUCCUGCCGAAGCGCCGCAGACGCCCGGCCUUCCCGCCGAAGCGCUGCCGCCGCGCUUCCCCCGCGCGCCCACCCGGCGCCACUGCCCGCGUGCCCUAGGGCACGCCGCGCGGCUGGCCGCGCGCACCCCCAAGCGUGCCCUUCGGCCCACCAGCGGGCCCACGCCCGCACCGACCGUGCCCCGCCUUUAGACGACGACUUCUGCGACGACUUCUGCGACUCUCGACCAGGACCAAACGUCGACGUUGAGCAUCGCUCUUCACCAGACAUCUCUGCCUUCGUCGAAUCACCGCUUUGUCACGACUCGCCAGGCUACGCAGCCCAAAGGUUAGCUCUGUACCCCUCCUUACGACGUUGUGCCAGAUUCGUCACCGUUCACGAGCUGCAGCCCUAGGCUACCUCACAACGACAGUUCUACUGUCUGUUCGGACGUGGAUCGAGAGGGCCUUACACUUACCAUCGUCUAGUGUUUCCCUGGGUUGUCCUGGCUUGAUCAGUAUAUUGGUACGCCUGCCUGUACUCAGGUUAUGUGGUUAGACCUAGAGUCUAGGGUCUCUACAUCCAAACCGGAUUGGUUCAACUACUUUAUCCCGGGUCUUGAGUUUCAUUGAUUAGAUAUUGGGGGUUCUCGCCCUGUCCUGCAUCAAUGAAGCUCUUUGACACGCGCCCCACCUCCAUCUAGCUCUUAUCCGUCGGGUGACAGUCGUUGAAGAGCCGCAAAGUUGCCAUUUUUUCGCUCCGCCGGGUGACAGCCGCCGAAGAUGAUUUGAUGACCCAUUUCAUUGAUCUCUAGACUUUGCAAAGAGAUCUAGAGAUUGCCCACGUCAUCUUCGUCUAAGGAGAGCCAUCGAGGCCAUAGACAUUGUACGACAAUCCUCCCGAAUGUUUAGGAUUCCAGUGCAUCGCCAACGCAUCACUACCGCGACGUUGGAACUUUGUUUUCCUACUUUUAACUUACUUUACACUUCAUUUAGUGAUAAUUUAUAUGAUUUUAAUUUACCACAAUAUACUUCUUUCAAUUACGAUUCUUCUAGCUUCCACAGAUCUUAAUUUAAUUAACUAAAUUAUCUUUAAUCGCUUACGUAAGAAUCGCCGGACGGAACUCUAUUUCUGCCUAAUUUGCGUUCGCCAGGCAUUGACGUCAUCUUGACGUACGCACCCUUAUUUUCCUUUUUGUGAAUUUUAAAUAUAUUUUCUUUUCAUUUAUUAGUAUAAAAUUUAUAGAAAAUAAUAUUCUUUGAGCAAAAUUCUGAAUAAUUACCAGAUAUUAUGUUACAUCCUUGUGAUCGACUUGGAAAAUUACUGCUAGUUUUGGAAGUUUAUUAAAUUAUAAUUGAUAUAUUUAUUCAAAAAUACUUCUAAAUAUUUGAAAAUUCAUAUUUUCUAGUUUUAUAAAUUUUAAAUUUGCGUGAUUUAGUAUAUAACGACUAAAUCACGUCAGCCUUGGUUGUACGACAGUGAUGUUACAAUUCAACGAAAGUCUAAUGUUGAUCUUUUAUUUUUAAAGUUAAAAAGAUAAUUGUACACCCCUAUGUUAAGAGUAAAUCGAGUCUGUUAACAACCCCUUCGGGUCCAACUAUAAAUCUUAUCUCUAGUUCCCAUAUCCACAAAUAAAUAAAAAACAUAGAAUGUCCUCUUAUUGUUUUAUUUUCUCUACAAGUCAACCUUAGCAUUGAUUCUGUAAAUUUAAAUCUUUCUAUCUUACAACUCAUCUCAAAAUUCCAAGAAGUAUUUCCUAAUGACUUACUCAAUUACUUACCUCUUAUUAGAGACAUUCAGCAUAACAUAGGUCUGCAACUCGGCUCUUCUUUACCCAAUCUACCCCACUAUCGAGUGAGUCUAGCUGGGCAUAAAGAACUUAGAAGACAAGUUUUGUAACUUAUCGAGAAAAGAUUUAUUCGAGAAAGUCUAAGUCUAUGUCCUGUCCCAACUCUUUUAGUGCCUAAGAAAGAUGGAACAUGACGCAUGUGUAUAGAUAGUUUUAUCACGUGACUUAGUCGUUGUAUAGUAAAUCACGUAAAUUUAAAAUUUAUAAAACUAUAAAAUACAAAUUUUUGGAUAUUUAGAAGUAUUUUUGAACAAAUAUAUCAAGUAUAAUUCAAUAAAACUUUCAAAAAUCUAGUAAUUAUUCAGAAUUUUCCUCAAAGAAUACUAUUUUCUAUGAAUUUUAUACUAAGAAAUGAAAAGGAAAUAUAUUUAAAAUUCACAGAAAAAGAAAAUAAGGGUGCGGACGUUAGGAUGAUGUUAGUGCCCGGCAAAUGUGAAUCGGGCAGAAAUAGAGUUCUGGCUGGUGAUUCUUACGUAAGUGAUUAUAGACGAUUUAAUUGAUCAAAUUAAGAUUUGUAAAAGCCAAAAAAAUUGUAAUAAAAUGAAGUAUAUUGUGGUAAAUUUAAAAUCAAUAAUUUAUCACUAAAUGAAAUAGAAAUUAAGUUGAAAGCAGGAAAACAGAGUUCUGGCAUCGACGAUGCGUCAGCGAUGCACCGGAAUCCUGAGUGUUCGGGAGGAUCAUCAUGUAGUGUCCACGGCCUCGAAGGCUCUCCUUGGACAAAGACGAUGUGGGCAAUCUCUAGAUCUCCUUGCAAAGUCUGGAGAUCAAUGAAAUGAGUCGUCGAAUCGUCUCCAGCGGUUGUCACCCGGUAGAGCGGAAAAACGUCGACUUUGUGGCUCUCCGGCGGCUGUCACCCGAUGGAGAGGAGCUAGAUGGAGGUGGGGCGCGUGUCAGGGAGCUUCAUCCUCAAGUCCGCGCAGCAAGAGGAGGCUCUUCAUCACAUCUGGUACGCUCUCAGGAGGUGGCGACUGGUCUCCUGGUGAAUCGUCCUCUUCCCGACGACGGCUUGUUCGUCGAUCAAUCGGGGAUGCUUUACUCGAUGGCCGGCCGGUCCCCCCCAUUUUGCUAUUUUUAUUUUAAUUUAUUUUCCUUCAUUUAUCUCAAAAGUAAGAUUGUAAAAAUCAUAUAAAAUCGAAUAAAAUCACAUAAUUACCCAAAAAUUCACGUUAAUCAACUAAAAACCACUUUUCACACUUUAACACAAAUAUAAGUCUAUUUAUCAUGAGUUAAGGCUAAAACUAUAUUAUUUACUAAUUAUUAACUCAUGAUAAUGAAAACUUAUCACAGCCCCCAACUUAAAUCAUUGCUAAUCCCUUAGCAAUGGAAUUACGAAAAUAAAAAUUUACAAAUCUCAAACAUCAUAUUUCAAUACAUAAAAAAAAUACAAUUAGAAAUGAUGCACCUUUAGACACUUUGGAUUCUUAUAUCAAGUAUUUAAGAAUGAUGUCAAGCACUUAAAAGUUUAAGCACUCCUUGGAAUAACAAUCUAGACUUCACUUCUUCUAUUCACAUCUUUAUCACUUCUUCACUCAUAGAUAUAUUUACAAGAUGUUCCAAUUAUCAAUAAUCAUCCAAGAAUAAUAUUGAUCUUUCAUUUUCCUUUUUCCAUGGCUUGAUUUUUGAAGUUUGCACUAUAUUUCUUCCUUCUUUUUUUUUUUUGAUAUAUAUAGUAGAUAAGUAGCUUUUUCUAUAGACAAAUUUCGACAAUAAGAAUGAUGUCUCACACCCUCUAUGUGUACUUUUCAUUUUCAGGGCUUUCACUUUAUCCACUUAUUUUGCAGCAAGUGUUUUUCUAUACACGAUUUUCGACAAUGAGAAUGAUGUCUCAUACCCUCCAUGUGUACUCUUCGUUUUUAGAUUUUUCACAUUGCUCUCUCUCUCUUUUUCCAAAAUAAGUGAUUUGUCCUCACAACUACUAUAGAUCUAGGUGCAAAAAUCUCUAUUAAACUCAAAUGAUCAAUCAAAUUUUCACAUCAAGUAAAUACUAUCCAUCAAGAUCAUGAAGUGAAAAUCUGUAAAAUCAAAUCCAUGUUAUCUAUCAUGUAUCCAAGGAGUAUUCCAACAUUUCAUGCUACUAGAUCAUUCUUUUGACUUAAUAAUAAUCUUCCUAGUAUCUUUUGGUAUCAAUCAAUCUAAUUGAUUUAAUUUUUCAUGCAUGCCAUAUGAUAUAAGAAAUUUGUAAAUUAGAUAGUUCUGAUAGUUCUGUUUUCUAUUUUCAGUUCUGUUUUUAGCAACAAUAAAUUUAUCAAAAAUAAAUCAAAACUAUCCUUUUUAUAGCUGUAAUUUCGAAUUUCAGUAAUAUAUGUCUAGGGGAUUGAAAUGUGAGAAAGAGUCUCUAGAAUUUUAAAUUUUGGGCUGUUUUUUGUCUGCUAUUUUUGACAGUCUGUUGUUCAUGACAGAAAACCAGAAAAUAGAUGUUGCAAUUUUUCUGAAUUUUUUUUUUUUUUUUUUUUAGUUGCUGUUCUAUUGCAAACACAUGUUCUUAAUCGUUCUACAGCAUAAAUUAAUAAUGAAUACUUCACCCCCCAACUUAAAAAUGACAUUGUCCUCAAUGACACAGAAAACUCGAAACAGAAUAUGCAGAAAAUAUAAUUUUCAAGUGAAGCAUGCAUAUAUGCAAAGUUAAGCAUUAAAAAUAUUGUCAUAAAUGAUAAAACUCCGAAAGACAUCACCUCAACCUUGUUUUUAAUUUUCCACUUCGUCUUACACUCCUCCUCUUGCACUUUUUCGAAAAAACAAAUACAGAAACAAGUACUGUGAAAUUCUAAGUAAAACAGAGCUUAAAAAAAUCAAACAAAAUGAAAUAAAAACCAUGGGUUGCCUCUCAUGCAGGGCUGAAUUUAAUGUCUUCAGCUGGACAGCUCUUAGAUCAUAUAAGAUGAUCUAUGGCCAUCAAAAUAUAUUUGUAUCCCAAGAUAAGUUUCAUGAUAUUCUUUUUCAGAUUUAGCAUAAAUUCAUAUACUUCAUAUAUAUACCUUGACAUACUUUCAACAAAAAAAAAAUGAAAAUUAACAAAUUUUUCCCAAAAAUAAUAUUUCCAUUUUGAAAAGAAUCUUUCCUCAUUUCUAUCUUGUUUUUUAAGGCUCUCAUUCAUUAAUAAAUACUUUCUAUUAAUAGACUAUAAAAUGAUAUCAGGCCAUAUAAUUUUCGAAUUAGCUCUUACCCAAUCUAGAAUUUUUUCAUCUAAAUUGAUAUCUUUAAUUCUUCCACUCACCCAUUUCUUAAUGUGUUCUUUUAUCUGCAUAAUCUUCCCCUGCUCCAUUUUAUCUUCCAUACAUAUUUGUUCAAUUUACGAGGAGUGAAAUAUUUCAAGCUUAGAAAUAAUUCUAAUGGGCUGUGGGUUUUGAAGGAUGGAAGGAUUGUCUUCUUUAAUCUUAGAUCUAAUGAAUUCAGUAAAAUUGAAAUUUUCUCCUUCAAAAUUAUCUCUAUAUUCAUUAUUUUCGUUUCUCCCCAUUAGUUGAAUCAACUCUUUUUCUAACUUUUCAUUUCUCAACUCAUCAAAUUCUUCAUCUUCCCAAGAGCUAUCUUUUAAUUUCGGUAUAUGAUAUACAUCAUCAUCCUCACUAUCAACGUCCAUAGCUACAAAAUUAUGAUUAGAUUUAUUAAUUCUUCUCCUACAUCUCCCAAAUCAAUUGAUUUUUCCUCACCUGAAAUAUGUUUUUCUUCAUUUCUGUCCUUACUCCCUUCUAUGAAAAUUUGGAUGAUUUUUCCAUGAUCAGCUGCUGUUUCUUCAUCUAAGGACUCUUUCUCUUCAUCAUCCUCACUAUAUUCAUUCAUCAAUUGUGAGUAAUAAAUGAUUUUAUUCAAGUUUUCUGCUACUAAAUUUUCGGCCUUAAUAUUCUCAUUUAUUUCUAAUGGCUCAUCAAUUUCUUCUAAUAAUUGAAAAAAAGGAUCAGGUAAAAUAUUCUCACUCAAUGUAUUCACUAACCUAACAUUUUCAUUUCGGGGGUUUUUUUCUAAAUUUAUCCAACUAGACUCUCCUUGCUGAAAUCUUACUGUUGGAUAGUUUCCUGAAUUUUCUAUGGGCUGACUAGGUAGCUGUCCCUCUUUUCCCUUAUUCCCAAGAGCCUCUAUAAUUUGUUUCUCGUGCAGCAUCAUUUGAUUCAUAGUUUGUUGCAUUAUUUGGCUCAUAGUUUGUUGCAUCAUUUCUAUAGUAUCAAGUUGGGUUUGAUAAGGCUGAUUUUUCUAAAAUCUGUUUUCUUGUUUUGGACGAAAUUCAGAGUUUGAAUUGGAUCUAAGUGCUACUGGAUUUUGAAUAUUAUUUGGUUUUCUCCACGAAAAAUUAUUCCCCCAACUAGGAUUAUAAGAAUUACAAAAAUAUUCUCUAUUUUUACUAAAAUCGUGGGGUACCUGCACUUGUUCUUGCCUAUGAUGAUUUUGAAAUUCGAAAUGAUCAUUUUCACUAUACAUAGGACCUAUACUGUUUGAAUUAAAUUGAGGGUUAAGAGGCUUUCUAAUAUUGUCAAUAAGUAAAUCAAGUUUUUUUAAUCUUUGAUUAAUCUUAUUAACCUCAUUUCUUAAUUUAGAAUCAUCAUCAUGAUGCAAUUCAUAAAUUCCUCUCUUCUUAUCCCUGUCAUAUAAUUCAAAAGAGGCUUGAUCUCUAGAAUUUUUAUUUAAAUUCUCAUAAAUACUGUAAAUUUUAUCAAGGGUUUUCUCCAUAAAAGCUCCUCCACAUAUAGAAUCAACCAUAUUUCUAUGUUGUUCUAAUAAUCCAUCAUAAAAAAUUCUAUUGAGCUGCCACUUGGGUAUUGUAUGAUGAGGACACAUUCUAAGUAAAUCUUUGAAUUUUUCCCAUGUCUCAUGCAAAGUUUCUCCUGGUCUUUGAAAAAAACUUCAUAUAUGUUUUCUCAUAUUUUGAGUUUUUCCUAAGAGAUAAAAUUUCAAAGAAAGGCCUAUUCUAUGUCUUUCCAACUAGUUAAUUCUCUAUUUAAUGUGGAUAGCCAAUGACUAGCUUCAUCCAUAAGUGUAUGAGGAAAUAAUUUCAUCUUAAUAAUUUCUGGUGUAACUUGAGGGAGAUUAACUAAAUCACAGACCAUAUGAAAUUUUUUUAAGUGCUGAUGAGGUUCCUCUAAAGGCAAUCUAUGAAAAUUAGGGAGCAUUUGAAAAAAUCCUGGAUUUAUUUCGAAUUUAAUAGUGGGUGCUAAUGGGACUCUAAUAUUGGAUGCUCUUUGAAAUGAAUUAGGGAUAUAAUAAUUUUUCAUGGCCAUAGGAUUGUUCUCAGUUUGACCUAUACUUCCUUUAGGAUCUAUCAAAAUUAAUUUUUUCUUUCGGAUUUUUAGUUUUGAAUGAAAUAAUGAAAGAAUUUUCUAGCCUUGGAUGCAAAGAUCUUCUACCAUGCAUAAAAAAUCAAUAAAUUCGAGGGAAAAGUUUAGUAAUUGUUACCCUCCUUCAGUAUGCUCUAGCCCUUGCCUUGCUUCUUUUUGUUCCCUUUUUCUUAAAAAACUUCGGCAGGAAGAAAAUAAAACAAAAGUUAAUUUUUUUUUUUGUGUACUUUAAGAGGAAAACAGAAAAAUACUAAAUAUUAUGCAAUACAUCUCCAGCAACGACGCCAAAAUUUGACGUGACUUAGUUGUUGUAUAGUAAAUCACGUAAAUUUAAAAUUUAUAAAACUAGAAAAUAUGAAUUUUCAAAUAUUUAGAAGUAUUUCUAAACAAAUCUAUCAAUUAUAAUUCAAUAAAAUUUCAAAAGUAGCGAUAAUUUUCUAGGUCGAUCACAGGGAUGUAGUAUAAUAUCUGAUAAUUAUUCAUAAUUGUUCUCAAAGAAUAUUAUUUUCUAUGAAUUUUAUUCUAAGUAAUGAAAAGGAAAUAUAUUUAAAAUUCACGAAAAAGGGAAAUAAGGGUGCGGACGUCAAGAUGACGUCAGCACCCGGCGAACGCGAAUCAGGCAGAAAUAGAGUUCCGCCCGACGAUUCUUACGUAAGCGAUUACAGAGUAUUUAAGUGAUCAAAUUAAGAUCUGUAAAAACUGAAAGAAUCGUAAUUGAAUGAAGUAUAUAUUAGUAAAUUAAAAUUACACAAAUUAUCACUAAAUCAAGCGUAAAGUAAGUUGAAAGUAGGAAAAUAGAGUUCCAGCGUCACGGUGGUAAUACGUCGGUAAUGCACCAGAAUCUUGAGCAUUUGGGAGGAUCGUCGUGUGGUGUACACGGCCUCAAAGGCUCUCCUUGGACAAAGAUGACGUGGGCAAUCUCUAGAUCUCCUUGUGAAGUCUAGAGAUCAAUGAAAUGGGUCGUCAAAUCAUCUCCGGCGGCUGUCACCCAGCGGGGCAGAAAAAUGAUGACUUUGCUGCUCUCUAGCGGCUGUCACCCAACGGAGAAGAGCUGGAUGGUGGUGGGGCACGUGUCAGUGAGCUUCAUCCUCAAGUCCGCGCAGCAAGAGGAGGCUCUUCAUUGCAUUUGGUACAUUCUCAAGAGGUGGCGACUUAUCUCGUGGUGGAUUGUCCUCUUCCCGACGACGACUUGUUCGUUGAUCAAUUGGAGAUGCUUUACUUGAUGGAUCCUUUUAUCGCGAAUCAUUCAGCAAUUUUAGUAACAAUGCUCCACAAAUUGCAUUGACGAGAUUUUCGCCGAUGAUCCAGCGAUUCUAGUUGCUUAAUCCUUCACUGACAAUCUACAGAAAAGUCGCGAUAAUCAGAUAAAAAAUAUGAAUUUUAGCUCUAGGAGGAUUCGAACCCGCAUUGGUUGUCCGCCCUUUCUAGGGAAGGUGUGACAUGGGUUUAGUCCCACAUCGCUUGUGCGCCGAAUAUUCGGGCAAAUAUAUAGUAAUGUUACAUUUGGAAGCUAGUCCCUUUCUCGCGUGUGUACCACCAGUCUUUGCCCCACAGCCGGCUAGCCACCAGUGACGUGAAAGGGGAGUGGCGCACACGUGCCCCCAUCGGUUCAAGCCGCUCGAGCCCCUGCUCGUGGCUCCUGCUCGAUUGCGCUUCCAACCCGCUCGCGGGCCCAGCUAGCCAGCGGGUCCCCCCUAUUUUGCUAUUUUUAUUUUAAUUUCUUUUUCUUCAUUUAUCUCAAAAGUAAGACUAUAAAAAUCAUAUAAAAUCACAUAAUUACCCAAAAAUUCACGUUAAUCAACUGAAAAUUACUUUUCACACUUUAACACAAAUAUAAGUCUAUUUAUCAUGAGUUAAGGCUAAAACUAUAUUAUUUACUAAUUAUUAACUUAUGAUAAUGAAGACUUAUCAGAUAUCCCCUUAACUGUGAUAAUAGCGCUGCGAAUUUGAUUGAAAAUUUGAUCAUUGAUGAGUUUCUAGAAAAUAGGGUCCUUAAAGUGAUCUAGAGUGGAAAUAUCGUCGACAUGAAUCUCAGCUCAAAACAUUCAUUUUUCAAAGCACAUUAAUAAAAUUAUCUUCCUGAAAACCGUAAUGUAUUGGGCAUCAUAAUUGAAAAUUAGUUUCUCCAGCAAAUUAGGGUCACUACUUACAUCAUAUCCAGCUAACCUAGGAACGGUGCAAUCAAUAAUGCAUGUGUUUGGAUCAUUAUAGUCGCAGUUCACCAUGAAGGAAGAGAUAAGACAACAUGUCAAGUGCUAUACAGCAAAUUAUACAGGUUGUAUCUAGAAUUUUGUUUAUAACCUAUUUUUCAGUUUAUACACAAAAACAUUGAACUGAAAAUAGAUAUGAAGUGAAAGAUAAAUACCAAUAGUUUCAAACGUCCAGCAAUAGCGCCUCUUCAGGAGACCAUGAUUUCUAAGCUCUUGGGAGAGUAACAAAGAUUGGGGAGAAUAUCUACAGUCAAAGGUUAUUACAGAUUCAAGUAUCUAAGAUUUUGAGGGAUGAGGAUUAUGUGCUACAAAUAGUAUCAACGUGGAUGAAAAUAAUCAGGAGAGAGAGUCGAAUGAGAAAGGAAGAAAAUGAGGCAUUGACCUUGCACUAUUCCAUUCACUUGAGCUUGAGAAGUAAAAUCAUCAGGAGACUCUCUAAAAAGCCUAUGAAAGAGCUCCCUCUGAGUGACUUGCUUCCCCUUCUCCAUUACUUGGAAACAAAGUUUCAUGACUUUUCGAACUACAAUAAAAGGACUUUGAGGAAAAUCUAAGUAGUGAAGCUCACGUGACUUAAUAAAAGAGGAUAUACCAAAUUUUUGUAAUACUAGUGAAAACCAUUAUAAUAGUGAAAAUAUAGAAACAAAAAUGCAAGCCCAUGAUCACAAUAAUAAUAGAAACUCAAUUUCUGGAUAUUUAUAAGAAAAAAUAAAAGAGAAAUCACGAAGUUAUUAAGAAUCUUGAUGAGAACAAUAUUUUCACCAAACACCUCUAAUCCACAUCUCAAUACCCUCGAGAUGAGUCACACACUAGAGAGUCAACAAUGGAUUCUUAUCUCCUUCUAUAAAGACUUCAUCUACAAUAAAAAAGGGAGAAGAUACUAAGAAAAAAAGAUUAAGUUGAUGAAGAGAUAGAAUAGAAUCAAGAGAGAGAGAAUUUGUCAUCUAUCGUACUCAACAAAAAGAGAAAUACAUGCCCUAUUUAUAGUAAAUAGGAAAGAUAACCACUCCCUAAAAGUAAACAUUUCAAUUGACAGCUGAGACUGCACAUCUUAGAAGUGACGGCUGCAACGACCCUCGUUCUCUCUCUACACGACCCCCAAAUGGGUCAAAAGGAUUGACGUGACUAUCAUGUCGCUGCCCCUUUACUCCUCACACACCUCCCCAAUGAGUUAGAUGGGAGAGCUCUCUCGCACAUCUCCCAAAUAAUUGAGAUGAGAGAGGUUCUCUCGCACAUCUCUCAAAUGGGUCAGCCGUGAUAGACUAACACUGUCAAUAGAAAGAGAAACCAACAACGUACCAAUCCUCUUUUUGCUUUGACAAUAUGGUGUUAUGAAAAUAAAAAUGUCUAAAUAUCUAUGAAUAAACUUCUUGUAACUCUCUAGAACCACCAUCACAGAAAAAGUGAUAAAAAUGUGGAAUUACAUCAUAUGAAUUGCAUCCCACCUAAAGAUGAAGCUAAUGAGAUGAUUUUAAACAUUGAUGUAUUCAAACAAUUUUUAGGCUUCACUACAUGAUAAGUCUUCAUUAUCAUGAGUUAAUAAUUAGUAAAUAAUAUAGUUUUAGCCUUAACUCAUGAUAAAUAGACUUAUAUUUGUGUUAAAGUGUGAAAAGUGGUUUUCAGUUGAUUAAUGUGAAUUUUUGGGUAAUUAUGUGAUUUUACAUGAAUUUAUAUGAUUUUUACAGUCUUGCUUUUGAGAUAAAUGAAGAAAAAGAAAUAAAAAUAAGACAAAAUGAGGGGGGGACCCGCCGGCCAGCCGGGCCCGCAAGUGGGUCGAAAGCUCAGUCGGGGAGUAGCCGCGAGCAAGGGCUCGAGCGGCUUGGACCGAUAGGGGCACGUGUGCACCACUCCCCUUCCACGUCACCGGUGGCUAGCCAGCUGUGGGGCAAGGAGUGGUCGUACACGCGAGAGAAAGGACUUUGUUUAGAAAGCUAACAUUACUAUAUAUUCGUAUGAAAAAUUGGCACACAACCGAUAUGGGACUAAACCCGCGUCACACCUUCCUCAGAAGGGGCGGACAACCGGUGCGGGUUCGAAUCCUCCCAGAGUCAAAAUUCAUAUAUUUUUAUCUGAUUAUCGCGACUUUCCUGCAGAUCGCCGGUGAAGGAUUAAGCAACGAGAAUCACUAGAUCAUCGGCGAAAAUCUCAUCAAUGCGAUUCGCGGAGCAUUGCUACUAAAAUUGCUAAACGAUUCGCGAUAAAAGGAUCGCGAAUCCAUCGAGUAAAUCAUCUCCGAUUGAUCGACGAACAAGCCGUCGUCAGGAAGAGGACGAUCUGCCAGGAGACGAGUCGCCACCUCUUGAGAGCAUACCAGAUGCGAUGAAAAGCCUCCUCUUGCUGCGCGGACCUGAGGAUGAAGCUCCCUAACACGCGCCCCACCUCCAUCCAGCUCCUCUCCGUCAGGUGACAGCCGCCAGAGAGCCGCAAAGUUGCCAUUUUUUUUGCUCCGUCAGGUGACAGCCGCCAGAGACGACUCGACAACCCAUUCCAUUGAUCUGUAGACUUCGAAAAGAGAUCUAGAGAUUGCCCACGUCGUCUUUGUCCAAGGAGAGUCUUUGAGGCCGUGGAUACUGCACGACGAUCCUCCCGAAUGCUCAGGAUUCCGGUGCAUCGCCGAUGCAUCGCCGUCGCGACGCCGGAACUCUAUUUUCCUGCUUUCAACUUACUUUACGCUUCAUUUAGUGAUAGUUUUUGUGAUUUUAAUUUACCAAAAUAUACUUUGUUCUAUUACGAUUCUUCCGGCUUUUAUAGAUCUUAAUUUGAUUAAUUAAAUCGUCUGUAAUCACUUAUGUAAGAAUCGCCGAGCGGAACUCUAUUUUUGCCCGAUUCGCGUUCGCCGGGUGCUGACGUCAUCCUGAUGCCCGCACCCUUAUUUCCCUUUUUCGUGAAUUUUAAAUAUAUUUCCUUUUCAUUUCCUAGUAUAAAAUUCAUAGAAAAUCGUAUUCAUUGAGAAAAAUUCUGAAUAAUUACCAGAUAUUAUAUUACAUCCCUAUGAUCGACCUGAAAAAUUACCACUAUUUUUGGAAGUUUUAUUGAAUUAUAAUUGAUAUAUUUGUUUAGAAAUACUUCUAAAUAUCUGAAAAGUUGUAUUUUCUAGUUUUAUAAAUUUUAGAUUUGCGUGAUUUAAUAUACAACGACUAAGUCACGUCACUACACAAUCCAUAGCUUCUACUUUGACCUCAUUCACUUUAACCACUAUAUGUAUUCAGAUUACAUGGUUAGUGUCACCACAACAUCGCCAAUAGCAUUUCUUGGAACUGAUUUCAACUCUUUUAUAGUUAAGCACCCCUGUGAUUACAAAAGAAAGAGACAAAGUAGAUCUCGACCUUUCAUUAUGUGCAAUCACUAUGUUGUAAAACGAUAUCAACUACAUCAUUUCUGAUGUCAUAAUACAAAAAGUAUAUCCUUAAUUUUCAAAUAAAAAAAUUAUUUAGGUAUUUUGGUCAUCUACUCCCUUUGCCAAAUGUCCUAGCACUGGAUCACCUAUUUUCUGAAUUAUAUCCCCAUUGCUUUUAUGAACCAUUGCUAUGAAUUACACUACUAAAAAUGAGGCAUUAGUGAAACGAUACCAAGCGACACAAAUGGUAGGAAGAUAUAGAAAAGCUAUGGAGAUGAAGGAGGUAAAUCAAGGACAGAUGGGGGACGGUAGGCGAAGGAGAUGUCAAAACUUGAGAAAGUUCAGGACCAAAACCUCUAUCCUUCUAUGAGGACUUGACAUGGAUGCCAAAGAAAGGAAAGUCAGAAAUAUGGAGGAAACCAUCAGAUGGUGGAGAUAAGUUAUUUAUAAUGAAACUCUAGAACUCACAAAUUGCCAUGGUGAGUUAUGGAUGACGUGACUUAGUCAUUGUAUAUUAAAUCACGUAAAUUUCAAAAUUUAUAAAACUAGAAAAUACGAAUUAUCAGAUAUUUAGAAGUAUUUCUGAACAAAUAUAUCAAUUAUAAUUCAAUAAAACUUUCAAAAUAACGGUAAUUUUCCAAGUCGAUUAUAAGGAUGUAAUAUAAUCUCUAGUAAUUAUUCAAAAUUUUCCUCAAAGAAUACUAUUUUAUAUGAAUUUUAUACUAAGAAAUGAAAAGGAAAUAUAUUUAAAAUUCAUGAAAAAGGGAAUAAGGGUGCAAACGUUAGGAUGACGUCAACACCCGGCGAACGUGAAUCAGGCGAAAAUAGAGUUCUACCCGGCGAUUCUUACGUAAGCAAUUACAGAUGAGUUAAUUGAUCAAAUUAAGAUCUGUAAAAGCCAAAAGAAUCGUAAUUGAACGAAGUAUAUUUUAGUAAAUUAAAAUCACAAAGAUUAUCACUAAAUCAAGCGUAAAGUAAGUUGAAAGUAGGAAAACAGAGUUCUAGCAUCGUGGUGGUGAUGCGUCGGCGAUGCACCAGAAUCUUGAGCAUUCGGGAGGAUUGUCGUGCAGUGUCCCUGGCCUCAAAGGCUCUCUUUGGACAAGGACGAUGUGGGCAAUCUCUAGAUCUCCUUGUGAAGUCUAGAGAUCAAUGAAAUGGGUCAUCGAUUCAUCUCCGACAGCUGUCACCCGAUGGAGCAGAAAAAUGGCAACUUUGUGGCUCUCUGACGGUUGUCACCCGACGGAGAGGAGCUGGAUGGAGGUGGGGCGCGUGUCAGAGAGCUUCAUCCUCAGGUCUGCGCAGCAAGAGGAGGCUCUUCAUCGCAUCUGGUAUGCUCUCAAGAGGUAGCGACUCAUCUCCCGGUGGAUCAUCCUCUUCCCAACGACGGCUUGUUCAUUGAUCAAUCGGAGAUACUUUACUCGAUGGAUUCACGAUCCUUUUAUCGCGAAUCGUUCAGCAAUGUUAGUAACAAUGCUUUGCGAAUCGUGUUGACGAGAUUUUUGCCGAUAAUCUAGUGAUUCUGGUUGCUUAAUCCUUCACCGGCGAUCUGUAGGAAAGUCGCGAUAAUCAGAUAAAAAAAUGAAUGUUGGCUUUGGGAGGAUUCGAACCCACGCCGGCUGCCUGCCCUUUUUGGGGAAGGUGACUCGGGUUUAGUCCCACAUCGCUUGUGCGUCGAAUGUUCGAGUGAAUAUAUAGUAAUGUUACAUUUGAAGGCAAGUGACGUGACUCAGUCGCUGUAUAUUAAAUCACGCAAAUAUAAAAUUUAUAAAACACGAAUUUUUGGAUAUUUAGAAGUAUUUCUAAAUAAAUAUAUCAAUUAUAAUUCAAAAAAACUUCAAAAAAUAGCAGUAAUUUUUCAGGUCGAUCACAGGGAUGUAAUAUAAUAUCUGGUAAUUAUUCAGAAUUUUUCUCAAUGAAUACUAUUUUCUAUGAAUUUUAUACUAGGAAAUAAAAAGGAAAUAUAUUUAAAAUUCACGAAAAAAAAGGGAAAUAAGGACGCGGACGUCAAGAUGACAUCAGCGCCCGGCGAACGCGAAUCGGGCGGAAACAGAGUUCCGCUCGGCGAUUCUUGCGUAAGCGAUUACAAACGAUUUAAUUAACUAAAUUAAGAUCUGUAAAAGCCGGAAGAAUCGUAAUUGAACAAAGUAUAUUUUGGUAACUUAAAAACACAAAAAUUAUUACUAAAUAAAGUGUAAAGUAAAUUGAAAGAAGGAAAAUAGAGUUCCGGCGUCGCGACGGCGAUGCGUCGGCGAUGCACCGGAAUCCUGAGCAUUCGGGAGGAUCGUCGAGCAGUGUCCACGGCCUCGAAGGCUCUCCUUGGACAAAGACGACGUGGGCAAUCUCUAGAUCUUCUCACAAAGUCUAGAGAUCAAUGAAGUGGGUCGUCGAAUCGUCUCCGGCGGCUGUCACCCAGCGGAGCGGAAAAACGGCAACUUUGCGGCUCUCCGGCAGCUGUCACCUGACGGAGAGGAGCUGGAUGGAGGUGGGGCGCGUGUCAGGGAGCUUCAUCCUCAGGUCCGCGCAGCAAGAGGAGGCUCUUCAUCGCAUCUAGUACGCUCUCAGGAGGUGGUGGCGACUCGUCUCCCGGCGGAUCGUCCUCUUCCCGACGACGGCUUUUUCAUUGAUCAAUCGGAGAUAAUUUACUCGAUGGAUUCGCGAUCCUUUUAUCGCGAAUCGUUCAGCAAUUUUAGUAGCAAUGCUCCGUGAAUCGCGUUGACGAGAUUUUCGCCGAUGAUCUAGCGAUUCUGGUUGCUUAAUCCUUCACCAGCGAUCAGCAAGAAAGUCGCGAUAAUCAGAUAAAAAGAUAUGAAUUUUGACUCUGGGAGGAUUCGAACCCGCGCCGGUUGCCCGCCUGUGAGGAAGGUGUGACGCGGGUUUAGUCCCACAUCGGUUGUGCACCGAUUUUUCAGGCGAAUAUAUAGUAAUGUUAGCUUCGGAAGCAAAGUCACUUCUCUCGCGUGUACAACCACUCCUUGCCCCACAGCCGGCUGGCCAUCGGUGACGUGGAAGGGGAGUGGCGCACACGUGCCCCUAUCGGUCCAAGCUAA